AUGGCAAAAGAGACGGCGAACCAAAAGCGCAAGCGCGGCCGAACUGCGAACGCGUCUCGAGAUGAUGUCAACGCGUCGCAAACCCAACUGACGCUCACGACAAAUGGCGCCAUAUCUCGGCCACAAAAUAACGAUGCCGAUGACAAUGAUGUCGGCGAGGAAUCGCGGCCCAAGAAACGCGGUAGAAAGGCCAAGGAACCAUCUGCAGCGCAGGCAGAACCAGAGGAGCCUGCUCUAGAGGUAGAACCGCCGCCCAAGAAGAAGCGCGGACGUCCCUCAUUGCAGAAAGCGCAAGAGAUGGAACGAGAGGAGAUCGAGGAACCUCUACCCGAGGAGCCGAAGCCGAAAAGGCGCGGCAGACCUGCUGCGCCUACAAGAGAUACUCAGAAUGCAGACGAGGAGGAUUUGAGUGGAGUCGCACAAAAUAAACCUCCAAAGAAACGUGGCAGGCCUUUUCUGAAUCGGUCCCAAGAGAGCUCCCAGGUCGAGAACUCGCCCGACACAUCACAGGUCAAAAAGCGCGGGCGGCCUCGCCAGCCUGAACAAAAAGACAAUACAGAGGUCACAGCUGAUGAAGCCGAUAAUGAAGGCCACAGCAACUCGAGCUUAUUGAGGCGUAGUGGCCGGGACAAAAGGAAAGCCAACAGACGACAGCCCACCCCCGAGGCACAGUCGGAACCUGACGAAGUGGAAGAGGAACCCGAUGGGGCAAGCAGCCCACGGAAGGGGGCCAAUGGCACACGGUCAGGUCGUCCUGUGAAGAGGGGUGGCCAAGGUGAUGAAGAUAAAUCUCCAGAAGAGGUGUCUCAGCCCAAGAAGGCCAAGAAAAGGGGCCGACCUUCGCUCCAAGCCAAAGCCGAUGACGCCCCUUCAGCCACAGAAGCAGAAAAAUCAGCGCCCAGUAAGCGUGGACGCAGAUCUAAUGACAAAGGAGCUCCGGAUGUAGCACCCAACAAACAAGAAAAGAAGAGACGUGGUCGGCCUUCUCUCAAUCAGGAUAAACAAGAUGACCAAGAUGAGCCUGUGGCAAACCAAAAGUCCCGGCGUGGGCGGAAGAAUCGACAGGCAGAGCCGGAAGAACAAGACGAUGCAGAGGCAGAGUCUGCUCAAGAAGAUGAGUCCUCGACGAAGUCCGGGAAGACAGCCAUCAAACGAGGGCGGAAACGUCGCACUGAACAGGAGGAUACCAGAUCACAGUCAUCUUCGCCUGAACCUGCCCCGUAUCGCCAUUUGGCAAUGCGCACACGGAAAAUUACGCGACAAGUCAUACAAGAAAAGUGGUCACCCUUGGAUCCGACUUCUGUAGAAGGAGUAUCCGAGCUCUUGCAAAUGUCAACUCUCCCGGUUCUUUUACGACUAAAUAACUUGACAAAGCACUCUCAAGCUACAGCAGCCUUGAAUGCAAUCACCAACAAGCUGCGAUCAAAACUUACUCGUGGGCUGCCCUUCCCGCCAGCCACCACAUCGAACAAGAGGGAAGAUGAGCUCAGCUACGAGACCACGCUUGAUGGCAUACAAAACACGGAGGCUCAGCUGGAUCCUCUAAUACACAGCGUCGCAUUGUUGCGCAAAGAAAAAGAGCGUGCAGAGAAGGAGCUCGAUCAAGAGUAUAAACUCCUCAAUUCAAUCACUGCAAAUGCAAGGUCCGAGAUCAGAGGCCGAAGAGAGCAACUGAGAAAGAUACAUCCCCUGGUCCCAGAACUCAAGCACGACACAGAAGGCUUGGACGUUGGAAGGCGAGACGAAUUUUGUCCGAUUGAAGAAGCCACAGGCAAGACCUUUGUUGGUCUUGAAGAUGAGGAACUUUUAGGACUUACUGGGCAGCUUGGAAAUCACAUGGAAAGCAUGCGCGGAAAUCUGCAGCAGAUUGAGGGCGUAGCACCAGCCAUUGCGCAAGGUCGUGCUGCUCUAAAGUUGGCACUCAUGCCACAUCUAGAUCAGGACACUUUCGAGCAGGUCGUGCUUGGAUAA